CAAUGCCAUUUAUUCGUUGUCAGAUGUGAAAAUUGGGUGUGAACUCCCCAGGAAAUCGUCUCCCCCCCCCUCCAUUAUAAUAAAUGGUUGACUUGGUGGGCCAUUUACGUUAGAUCGCCAUUAUAUAUGGGUUGAGUUGGAUUGAAGAUAACCAUCAUCAUCAUCAUCAAAACCCACCCAUCAUUUUACCAAAGUUACAAGCAAUUAAUUCUAUUGCAAACAAUGGCUCUGUUGCGUGCGAUGGCGGCCUUCAUGGCAAUGAUGUUCUUGUUGGGGCCUCCUCAUGCGGCGGCGGCGGCGGCGACGAAGGCGAAUAUGGUGACGGUUCUGAGCGUGGACGGGGGAGGAAUAAGGGGGAUCAUUCCGGGCACCAUCCUGGCGUUUCUCGAAUCCAAACUCCAGGAGCUGGACGGCCCCAGCGCCAGGAUCGCCGACUAUUUCGACGUGGUGGCCGGAACCAGCACCGGGGGGCUGGUCACCACCAUGAUCACCGCUCCCAACAAGGACAACCGUCCCCUCUACGAUGCCAAGAACAUCACCCCCUUUUACAAGGACAACGGGCCCAAAAUAUUCCCUCUCAUAACCCGGAACAACUUGAACUUACUGGCGGGGCCAAAGUACGACGGGAAGUAUCUGAAAUCACUGGUGAGGGGAUUGCUUGGGAACACGACGAUGAACCAGACGCUGACUUAUACCGUCAUUCCUACUUUUGACAUCAAGCGUUUGCAGCCCAUCAUUUUCACCACCUCCGAUGCAAAAGCAAAUCCGGCGAAGAAUGCACUACUCUCCGACAUAUGUCUGAGUACGUCGGCGGCACCGACGUUCUUCCCGCCUUACUAUUUCGAGACCAGAAACUCAAGUGGAGGCGUAAAUAGCUUUAAUCUCGUUGAUGGCGGACUUGCUGCCAACAAUCCGACAAUGAUGGCCAUAACCCUUCUCUCAAAGGAGAUGAUGACUGGGAACUUCCAGUUCGAGAACAUGGAGAGGGUUGACACCAAAAGAAUGUUGGUCCUAUCGCUGGGGACUGGGACAGCAAAGAACGAAGAGAAGUAUACAUCCGCGGCGGCCUCCACCUGGGGCUCCCUCGCUUGGGUCUUCAACAACGGCCGGACUCCAUUGAUAGACAUCUAUGGAGCUGCCAGUGCUGAUAUGGUCGACAUUCAUGUUUCCACCCUAUUCCAAUCCCUCCGCGACGAGAAAAACUAUCUUAGAAUUCAGGAUGACAUGCUCACAGGGUCGACGUCAUCGGUUGACGAUGCGAGUGCGAAAAACAUGGACCUUCUGGAACAGAUUGGCAACAAUCUGCUGAAGAAAUCAGUUUCGAGGGUGAAUUUGGACAGCGGAAGAUAUGAAGCGGUUCAAGGGGAGGGCACCAAUGAAGACGCUCUCACCCGCUUCGCCAAGCUGCUUUCAGAUGAAAAGAAGUACAGAAAAAGUGGAUAAAAUCAAAUCAUGAAGAAACUUAUUAGAAUGGAUUGCCCAAACAGAAGAAAGCAAACAGAUAAAUCUGUCAAACUGAAUGUUUUGCUCUAUGAGUGAAUAAAAUAGAGAGUGAUUACCUAAUUAAACGUGCUUUGAUCCUUUGAAUAAAUAGGUAGGGAUGAUGAUGAUAAGGCUUGGGUUUUGAUUUAGUUCUGAUUCAAAUCUAAUUUAAACAAAUUAAAUCAAAGAUGGGAUAAAACUAUUUUUUAUUCAAAUUCAAAUAUUUCAGUGUCAAGUCAAUUAAAUUGGAUUGGGGUGUAUCCGUGUAUGAGACAUAAAAAGCUGGUGUUGCUUAAUUACUCAUUUACUCCGUAAUGAAUGCUAUAGUUGGCCGAUAAGAUAUAGAUGGUGUUAAAUGUUACUCCGUAAUAUAUUGAUAUUGAUUGU